AUGACGACAGUAUCGAUCCCCAAACAACAAAAGGCUGCGGUCAAAGUCGGCGAGGGAGCUGAUUCGAAAGCUCCUGUCAAAGAAGUCGAAGUGCCAACGCCAGGACCGGGAGAAAUCCUAGUCAAGAUCAACUGGCAGUCCUUGAUCAAGGAUGAAUGGGCCACAUUUGGCGUGUCAAUGCAGCCAGCCACAAAAGGCAUUGCCGGCCACGAGGGAGCCGGCGUUGUCGUUGCGGUUGGCGACGACAUGCACCAUCGAUGGAAGGUAGGAGAUCGCGCCGGUAUCAAGUGGGUUUGGAGCACUUGUGGCGAAUGCGAAUUCUGCACAAACGGCGUCGAUGAGCUCCAUUGUCCGAAUCAGAAAAACUCUGGUUUCAGCCAGGCUGGAACAUUCCAACAAUACGCGCUCAGCGAUGGACGAUACACCACUCGCAUUCCAGAAGGCGUGUCCGAUGAGGAGGCCGGGCCUAUCAUGUGUGGCGGAGUUACGGCAUACACGGCUUGCAAGCGAAGCGCCGUGAAGCCCGGGCAGUGGAUAGUCCUUCCAGGAGCCGGUGGCGGUCUUGGCCAUUUCGCAGUACAAUACGCCAAAGCUAUGGGCAUGAGAAUCAUCGCAAUUGAUGGCGGGGACGAGAAACGCGAGCUUUGCAAACGACUGGGUGCCGAGGAAUUUAUUGACUUCACAAAGACCCAGGACAUUACUGCGGAGGUUAUGAGGAUUACCAAGUAUGGUGCCCACGGUGUCAUUGUCACUGCGGCUACGAAGGAAGCGUACGCCUCUGCACCCGGACUGCUUCGCCCAGGCGGCACCGUGGUUGCUGUUGGCCUGCCCAAGGAUCCUACAGUCCUCGCGGGAGCACCUCCUCUAAUGUUGUGCCUAAGGAAAUUGAAUAUCGUGGGUAGCGUCGUGGGUACAUUGAAGGAUGUUGAGGAAGCGCUGGACUUCACUGCUCGGGGUUUGGUUCGCCCGAUCCUGACCAAGGGAACCCUGGAGGAUUUGGACAAGUACAUCGACCUCAUGGUCGCUGGCAAGCUUGCCGGCAGGGCAGUGCUCAAGGUUUCGUGA